AUGAAAAAAAAAACUCCAGCACCUACACUGGGCAAGGUAGCUACAUCUGCCAACUCCAAUCCAAAGAAAAACCACAAGGCCCCCCACAGCAAGAAGUCUGGCACAAGCUCAAGCACCUGCCCAGAUUCUCUGCCCCCUGUUUGCACGCCAAAAAUCCGUGAUCAUCUUGAACAUCUGGAGUGGCAAAGAGUUCCAUGGCAUGUGAAGAGGCAAAGGGGGAUCAAGAAAAACAUGAAGCAAACCACCCUCACCAGUUAUCCUGCUUUCAAUAGACCUGGACAAGAGGGCAACCCAUUGGUUAUUGAUAGUGAUGACAAUACUUCCAAUGCUGUUGAUUGUAGUUCUGAUAUAGAAUUCCCCAACCCAAGGACAAGCUUCAAGGAUGCUCAGCAGCCCUCAGAGUCAGGAGCAAUUGCUCAAGGUUCCACUAGGCCUUCCCUAAGUGGAUGUGUUGGAAUCCAGUCCCAGACUCUGGAAAAAAUGGAAGGUACCUCCAUGGAACCCAACCCAGAUGCCAGCAGGAAUCCAACUGAUCCGGAUUUCCCAGCCAGCAUCACUGAUCCAACCUCCAAGAGCUCUGAUUCAGAAUUGCCCAUCCCAGGGAUAAUCCUCAAGGAUUCUCAGCAGCCCUCAGAGUCUGAGGCAAUUGCUCAAGAUUCCACUAGGCCUUCCCCAACUGGAUGUGUUGGAAUUCAGUCCAAGGCCCUGGAAAAAUUGGAAGGUUCAGGAGACAACAUGCUUGUGAAAUGUGCCUCCAUGGAACCCAACCCAGAUGCCAGCAGGAAUCCAACUGAUCCGGAUUUCCCAGCCAGUAUCAUUGAUCCAACUUCCAAGAGCUCUGAUUCAGAAUUGCCCAUCCCAGGGACAAUCCUCAAGGAUUCUCAGCAGCCCUCAAAGUCUGAGGCCAUUGCCCAAGAUUCCACUAGGUCUUCCCCAUCUGGAUGUGACCAAAUUCAGUCCAAGGCCUUGGAAAAAUUAGAAGAUACUGUAGCAGACCCUGAAAUAGAUACCAGCAGUAAAUCCACUGACAACUCAUUGCUGGCUAAAAUUGGUGAUCCAUCCAUCAAGACCUCUUGUUCUGAGCUCCCCAGUGCCACCAAGGAUGCCCAACAGGCCUCUGGGUUAGACAGGGUUGUAGAUAAAUGCUCCCUUGGAUUCCCAACUGGACCAGAUGGACUUACUCCCAAGGGACCUGGGAACCCAGAAGGUCAGGAGCACACAUUCUACUAA